CUUUAAUCUCCAUGGGUCCCGAGCUACAGGAAUUACGGAAUCAACUUGACUACCUGCUGGCAAAAGGGUUUAUUCGGCCAAGCACGUCCCCGUUUGCAGCGCCGAUCCUGUUCACCCCAAAGAAGGACGGCGGACUUUGCAUGUGUACGGACAAUUGUGCCCUUAAUCGGGUAACGUUUAAAUCGCGCUAUCCAAUCCCACGCACGGACGAGCUGAUUGACAACCUUCGCGGAGCUUACUAUUUUUUGAAGAUCGACCUUCGUGGUGGUUACCAUCAAAUUAGAGUGUUCGCGGAUAACUGCUACAAGACCGCGUCUCGUACUCGCUACGGGAGAUACGAAUACACGGUGAUGCCGUUUGGAUUAACGAACACCCCCUUGACGUUCCAGCUCACCAUGAACGGGGUGUUCCGCGAUCUACUCAACAAAUAUGUGAUAAUUUACUUUGAUGACAUCCUGAUUUACAGCAAGGCCCGGGAGGAACAUUUAAAGGACUUGGAAGCGGUUUUUCAGCGAGUGCAGCAGCAUCGUCUCAUCACCAAGGGCUCCAAGUGCGAGUUUUUAAAACAAGAACUGGAGUUCCUAGGGCACGUGAUAUCCACGGAGGGGAUUCAAAUAGACUCGAAAAAACUCUGGGCUAUUCAGGAGUGGAAACCGCCAACAAAUCUGCAGCAGCUGCAAUCAUUUCUGGGUUUUGUGAAUUACGUGCGGUGGUUUAUACCCGACAUGGCGGGGUUAACUGUACCUCUAAUCGUCCUACUGCAGAAGGGGAUUUUUUACGAGUGGGGGGAGAAGCAACAAGCUCCGAACUUUGCAAUGACAAAAGGCUUGAACUGGUAACGCCAGCAAAGGCUACUUCU